AUGGCGGGUCCCUUACGGCGAGGCCGUCUCUGGGCUGGUGUCGUCUUCAUUUGGAUCUUUUGCUUCUGGUACUGGUCAAGUUCGGAUUCGGCUUUCUCUUUGUUUGGCAACAAUGAUCCUCUUGCCGGGAAAGGCGCCAAUGCUUGGACGCGAAGACUGCCCAAAUAUCCAAUUCCUCAAGAGAAACUGGCCGUAUUACCUGAGAUUAAGGGAGAUGUCAAGGUCCCCAAGAUUCAAGCCAAUGCGCCAGUUGAGAGCGCUGCAGCAAAGGAACUGCGAUUAACACGUCUUGCCGCUGUCAAGAAGAGCUUUGAACACAGCUGGAGCGGGUAUUCCAAUUACGCAUGGAUGCAUGAUGAAGUGACUCCAUUGACUGGCAAGUCUAAGGAUCCUUUUGGCGGCUGGGCUGCGACACUGGUCGACGCCCUAGAUACCCUAUGGAUCAUGGAUAUGAAGGAGGAGUUCACAAAGGCUGUCGCCGCCGCAGAUGGUAUCGAUUUCACUCGAAGCCAUAUGACUACUAUUAACAUAUUUGAGACCACCAUUCGCUACUUGGGUGGUUUCUUGUCGGCAUAUGAGUUGAGUGGGAAAUCUCAUCCUAUUCUGCUCAAGAAGGCUAUUGAGCUGGGAGACCUCCUCAUGGUGGCUUUUGAUACGCCCAACCAUAUACCCAUCACUCGAUUGGAGUGGAAGAAAGCCGCCUAUGGCCAAUCUCAGUCUGCAUCUCGAGAGACUCUUGUUUCUGAGUUGGGCUCUAUGAGUCUAGAGCUCACCAAACUGUCUCAAAUCACUGGCAACAUGAAAUACUAUGACGCUGUCAAGAGGCUCGGAGACCAGUUUGAGUCUACGCAACUCAACACUCGCCUUCCUGGCAUGUGGCCAGUGGUUGUUGAUGCCUACACACCAGCAUUCCAUGCUGGCUCAGAAUUUACCCUCGGUGGUAUGUCCGAUUCGCUGUACGAAUACCUUCCGAAAUGGUAUCUUCUUCUUGGUGGUCAACUAGAGCAGCCCCGUCGAUUGUACGAGAACUUCAUCCCUGUCGCCAUCAAGCACCUUUUCAAGAGGGCAUUGACUCCUUCGGAAAAACCAAUCAUUAUUUCUGGCGAUUACCAGGUAACAGAUUUGCCAGGACAACAACCCAAGUACACAUCUGUAGCACGAGGUCAGCACCUGACCUGCUUCGCUGGUGGUAUGAUGGCAAUGGCUAGCAAGAUAUUCAACCGCCCAGCUGAUCUGGAUAUUGCCACUCAACUCACGGACGGCUGUAUCUGGGCUUAUCAGGCAACUCAGUCUGGCCUUGGUCCCGAGGUCUUUAGUUUCAUCUCGUGCGGUAGCGUUGAUGUCAAAGAGACGGGCGACUGCACCUGGAAUGAGGAACGAUGGCUCAAGGCCAUCGAAGAGCAACAUGCCCCCGACUUUAAGGCCCCGCCGAUGAAAGGGCCUGAAUGGAAGCAGCCUACCGUCCAGGAUGUUGUUAAGAAGCAUAAUCUUCCCAAGGGCAUGAUUGAUGUGGGUGACCCCCGGUAUAUCCUAAGACCAGAGGCUAUCGAGUCCAUCUUCAUCAUGUAUCGAACCACUGGCGACGCGCAGUGGAUGGAGAAGGCCUGGACGAUGUUUGAAACAAUCGAGAAGGUGACUCGAACCGAGAUCGCAGCUUCGGCAAUCGACGAUGUUACGAAAGCAGAGCCUACCAAGAUGGAUAGCAUGGAGAGUUUCUGGUUGGCCGAGACGCUCAAGUACUUCUAUCUCAUCUUUAGCGAGUUCGAUGUGAUCAGUCUCGAUCAAGACUUACUUUUCAUUUUCUUUCGAAUAGUCAAGCAGUUUAUCCGAAACGUGCGAGCGGCCAAGACGAUCGCCGACGAGCGUGCUGUCAUUCAGAAGGAGAGCGCUGCCAUCCGCGCCAGCUUUCGAGAAGAGAGCCACGACCCCAACGUUCGUCGCAACAAUGUCGCUAAGCUACUCUACCUCUUCACACUCGGCGAACGAACCCAUUUUGGUCAGAUCGAAUGCUUGAAGCUUCUGGCCUCCCCUCGAUUUGCCGACAAACGUCUUGGACACCUGGCUACAAGUUUACUGUUGGAUGAGAACCAAGAAGUCUUGACACUAGUCACCAACUCGCUCAAGAAUGAUCUUGGACAUUCCAACCAAUAUGUUGUCGGUCUUGCGCUCUGCACGCUAGGAAACAUCGCCUCGAUUGAGAUGUCACGAGAUCUCUUCCCCGAAAUCGAAACUCUUGUCGCUACCGCCAACCCCUAUAUUCGAAGAAAGGCGGCUCUGUGCGCCAUGCGCAUAUGUCGCAAGGUUCCUGAUUUGCAAGAACACUUUGUUGAUAAGGCAACACAGCUUCUGUCCGAUAGAAACCAUGGCGUUUUGCUCUGUGGUCUAACCCUGGUUACAAGCCUUUGCGAAGCAGACGAAGAGGAGGGCGGAGAGGAAGGAAUUGUUGAGAAGUUCAGAUCGUUCGUUCCGGGACUUGUCAGGACUUUGAAAGGGCUCGCAACUUCAGGCUACGCACCCGAACACGAUGUUACCGGCAUUACCGACCCCUUCUUACAGGUUAAGAUUCUACACUUGCUGAGAGUCUUGGCUGUUGGCGACGCCGAGACCAGUGAACAGAUUAACGAUAUUUUGGCGCAGGUUGCUACCAACACCGAAUCAUCCAAGAACGUUGGUAACUCGAUUCUGUACGAAGCUGUGCGCACCAUUCUCGACAUUGAGGCCGAUUCUGGUUUGAGAGUUCUUGGCGUCAACAUCCUGGGCAAGUUCCUUACCAACCGCGAUAACAACAUUCGAUAUGUGGCUCUCAACACUUUGAUCAAGGUCGUCGCCAUUGAGCCCAACGCUGUUCAGAGACAUCGAAACACAAUCUUAGAAUGUCUACGAGACCCCGAUAUCAGUAUCCGACGUCGAGCUCUGGAUCUGAGCUUUACCCUGAUUAACGAGAGCAAUGUCCGAGUUUUGAUUCGGGAGCUUUUGGCUUUCCUGGAGGUUGCCGAUAACGAAUUCAAGCCAACAAUGACCAGCCAGAUUGGUAUUGCCGCUGACAAGUUCUCGCCCAACAAACGAUGGCACUUUGACACAAUGCUUCGCGUUUUGUCUCUGGCGGGUAACUACGUUAAGGAGCAAAUUCUGUCGUCCUUCGUCCGACUGGUCGCUACUACUCCCGAAUUGCAGACUUAUGCCGUGCAAAAGCUAUACAUUAAUCUCAAGAAGGACAUUACUCAGGAGAGUCUCACACAAGCAGGCGCCUGGUGUAUUGGCGAGUACGCAGACGCUCUGCUCAAGGGCGGACAGUACGAGGAAGAGGAGCUCGUCCAGGAAGUCAAGGAGCAUGAGGUCGUUGACCUUUUCUCCCUCAUUCUCAACAGCGCAUACGCCACCCAGGUUUCUACAGAGUACAUCGUGACAGCGCUGAUGAAGCUGACAACUCGCUUUUCUGACCCGGCUCAAAUCGAGAAGAUUCGACGACUCUUGCAGUACCACCAAACCAGUCUUGAUAUCGAGAUUCAGCAGCGAGUGGUCGAGUAUGGCAACCUCUUCAGCUUUGAUCAGGUCCGACGUGGUGUGCUUGAGAAGAUGCCCAUCCCACAAAUCAAGGAGGAGUCCCGUGUGCUUGGUUCCGCGCCUACCAAAAAGAAGGCCGCCAACAGGAAAUCGAGAGUCAUUAAGCCAACAGAACAAGAUCUUCUCGACAUUAUGGACGCACCCGCUGCCACGCCAGCGGCUUCUUCGACAACCAACACUGACCUCCUCGCUGAUAUUCUGGGUGGCACCUCCUCUCCUCCCCCAUCCGCAACUUCGCCGCCACCGCAAUCCAAUAUGUCAAGCAUCAUGGAUAUGUUUGGAUCUGCCCCUGGAUCUUCCACAGCGUCUCCCGCUCCUCCAUCCUCAAACUUCGACCUCAUGUCCGGUGGGGCAGCAGCGCCUCAGCCCCAAGCACCACAAGCACCUGCUGGCAUCCCUUGCUACGAUUCUAAUGAUCUCAAUGUGACAUUCCAGAUUCAGCGCAAUGCUGAGGGUAUGAUCCAGGCCACUGCCAAGUUCGUCAACACCUCUGGCUCAGCAACCUUAUCGAAUGUGUCUCUGCAAGCUGCCGUUCCUAAGUCUCAGAAGUUGCAACUGCUGAGCAUUUCUUCAUCGGACCUCGGACCUGGAGCUGAAGCUAGCCAGAUGAUGCGAGUGUCCGGCUGCAAGGGGCCUCUGCGCCUCCGACUGAGAAUUGGAUACACGCACCCAACUGCUGGACAGGUUAUGGAUCAAGUCAACUGGACAGAGUCUUAA